AUGAGCAAACCGGCGGGAUCAACAAGUCGUAUUUUAGACAUCCCCUGUAAAGUGUGUGGGGACCGCAGCUCUGGAAAGCACUACGGAGUAUAUGCCUGUGAUGGAUGCUCGGGGUUUUUCAAACGGAGUAUCAGAAGGAAUAGGACAUACGUCUGCAAAUCUGGAAACCAGGGAGGCUGCCCAGUGGAUAAGACGCACAGAAACCAAUGCAGGGCUUGUCGCUUGAAGAAGUGUUUGGAAGUCAACAUGAACAAAGAUGCUGUGCAACAUGAGAGAGGGCCCAGGACGUCUACUAUCCGAAAGCAGGUCGCCCUGUAUUUCCGCGGCCACAAGGAGGAGAACGGUGCAGCCCCUCACUUCCCUUCCGCAGCCCUGCCUGCCCCGGCUUUCUUCACUGCAGUCACGCAAUUGGAGCAACAUAACCUGGAGCUGGCGGCUGUGUCCGGCACCCCGGAGAGGCAAACAUUGGUGGGGCUGGCCCAGCCCACGCCCAAGUAUCCCCAUGAAGUUAAUGGAGCCCCCAUGUAUCUCUAUGAAGUGGCCACUGAAUCUGUAUGUGAAUCAGCAGCCAGACUCCUUUUCAUGAGCAUCAAAUGGGCCAAGAGUGUUCCCGCCUUCUCCACUCUGUCCUUGCAAGAUCAGCUGAUGCUUUUGGAAGAUGCUUGGAGAGAACUGUUUGUUCUAGGAAUAGCACAAUGGGCCAUUCCAGUUGAUGCUAACACUCUACUGGCUGUAUCUGGCAUGAAUGGUGAAAAUACAGAUUCCCAGAAGCUGAGUAAGAUCAUCUCUGAAAUCCAGGCUUUGCAGGAGGUAGUGGCCAGAUUCAGACAGCUUCGGCUGGACGCAACUGAAUUUGCCUGUCUCAAAUGCAUUGUCACUUUCAAAGCUGUACCUACACACAGUGGUUCUGAACUAAGAAGUUUCCGGAAUGCCGCGGCCAUUGCAGCACUUCAAGAUGAAGCUCAGCUAACACUUAACAGUUAUAUCCACACCAGGUAUCCCACUCAACCUUGUCGAUUUGGGAAACUCCUGUUGCUUCUGCCAGCCUUACGCUCCAUUAGCCCAUCUACAAUAGAAGAAGUGUUUUUCAAAAAAACCAUUGGCAAUGUGCCAAUUACAAGACUGCUUUCAGAUAUGUACAAAUCCAGUGAUAUCUAA